AGUUUUGCACGGAAGAAAGCGUGGCAACACCGAGCAUGAGCGCUGCAGACCGAGUGUUCAUCAGCGGAACACCACUUGCGCAAUUUGUCAGUGCCGCCUAUGCUUGUUCACCUGGCUUUAAACAUAUUCACUAUCUUUACGGAUUGCGACAAAGUGCGCACGAAUUGACUGAUAGGCAGGAAAAUGCUGAGAAGAGUGAGGUCGUGAUUCUUGGCGCGACUGCGGUGGACUCGAUGGAGACUCCGUCUGGUCUUAUGAAGCUCGGGUUUUUGACAAUUUGUGAAGCUCCUGCGCACAAAUUGUCCUAUGAAGACACUCAGAGAGCGAUACAAGCAUCCAGUAUCAACCCACGUGGGCCCAACAUACUUUUUCACUUCACGAAAAUUACCAGCAACGAUGGAAUCGUACGAGUUCUUUACACUUUGUAUGAGUGUCGACAGAGCAGCGUUGAACCUCUGCGACCGCUGAAGCUGAGCAUCGACAACCUUGUCGAUUCUCUGCAAGGUUUCACCAAAAUAUCCAACGUUUUUAUGCACAACACCCCUUCAGACUCUGCUAACAGAAAGCUCACGGCAGCUCCCGAAAGUGUAAUGGGUGGAUUGGAAACAGACGCCUUUCACGACGUUGAAACACUAGCACGCGAGAAAGCUGUGUUGGUGAAACGGAUCGUGGAGCUGACAAAUGAACUCAACACUCAAUCCAGAUCAUCAUGA